ACGAAUGACAUUCAGAUCUGAACUCCUGGGAAUGUUCCUGUUUUGAUCUGCUUCUAGCCGUGACGCCGUCGAGUUGUGCAAAGCCCGGGAACAGUGAGGGCAUUAGGACCAGGCGCGAGGCGCACGCCUGGCUGGGGCUGUGUCUGGCAGAGGGCUCUGCUGAGCGGAGCGAUGUGUGAAGGGAAACCAGGCACUGCCUGCCGGCUUUACAUCUGUUGAUCUGACCUGACUGGAAGCGUCCAAGGAAGGACGGCUGUCAGCUCUGCUUGACUGAGAACCCAGCAGCUCCCCCCAGACAUCUCAUAGCAACCUGACUAUUUAUGCAAAGGGGGAAAGAAACACAUGGGACUAAACACCUGAGCAGAAUGGAAUCAUUAUUUUUUUCCCAAGGAGAAAAACAGGAUAAAGGGGGGCAAACAAUUCAGUUUGAAGUCCCUAUGAAUGGGCUUUUGGAAGGUAACUAAAAAUCCACUCAGAGAAAACGUGGGGUGGGACUCGCGUCCUGUGGCCUCUGAUUAUAAGAGGAAGCAGGUCUUGCACAUGCUGUUGGCAAAUGUCAGACGGGGAAAAAAGGAGCAGGUUAAGUGACUGACAAAAAACUUCCAGGUGGAACGAGCAACCCGGGUUCUGCUGCAAGCCUGAAGGAGCCUGGAGCAGGAGAAAGCGAACCUGAACAUGACCUGUUGCAUCUGCCAAGUGCCAGCAACAUGCUGCUAAGGAAGCGAUACAGGCAUGGACCGUGCAGACCUCAGUUCCUUGUGCUGCUCCUGGUGCUGGGCUGCGUGCUGCUCAUGGUGACGAUGUUGCAGCCUCCCCCGCACCCCCUGUACCAGCCUGUCACAGCCCAGGCCAGCAAGCGCAGCCCUGAAGCUGGGUACCGCCUGGAUUUUGGGGAAUCCCAGGAGUGGGUACUGGAGGCUGAAGACGAGGCCGAAGAGUACAGCCCCCUGGAGGGCCUGCCGCCCUUCGUCUCACUGCGGGAGGACCAGCUGCUGGUGGCCGUGGCCUCGCCCAGAGGCAGAAGGAACCAGACCCAGGGCAGGAGAGGCAACAACUACCGGCUCAUCAAGCAGCCCAGCAGGAGGCAGGAUGAGGAAGCCCCAGAGAGGGACUGGGGAGCUGAGGAGGAGGAUUGGGAGGUGUCUGAAGAAGAGGAGCUGACCCCGCUCGGCCUGGACCCACGUGGCCUCCACGAGGUGCUCAGUGCCCGCAUCCCCCUCCAGAGGGCCCUGCCCGAGGUGCGGCACCCGCUGUGUCUGCAGCAGCACCCCGGGGACAGUCUGCCCACGGCCAGCGUCAUCCUCUGUUUCCAUGAUGAGGCCUGGUCCACCCUCCUGAGGACCGUGCACAGCGUCCUGGACACAGCACCCAGGGCCUUCCUGAGGGAGAUCAUCCUGGUGGACGACCUCAGCCAGCAAGGACAACUCAAGUCUGCUCUCAGCGAAUACGUGGCCAAGCUGGAGGGGGUGAAGCUGCUCAGGAGCAACAGGAGGCUGGGUGCCAUCGGGGCACGGAUGCUGGGGGCCACCAGGGCCACAGGGGAUGUGCUGGUCUUCAUGGAUGCCCACUGCGAGUGCCACCCGGGCUGGCUGGAGCCCCUCCUCAGCAGAAUAGCUGGUGACAGGAGCCGGGUGGUGUCCCCAGUCAUAGAUGUGAUUGACUGGAAGACGUUCCAGUAUUACCCCUCCAAGGACCUGCAGCGAGGGGUGUUGGACUGGAAGCUGGAUUUCUACCGGGAGCCUUUGCCGGAGCGUGAAAGGAAGGCCCUCCGGUCCCCCGUCAGCCCCAUCAGGAGCCCUGUGGUGCCCGGAGAGGUGGUGGCCAUGGACAGACAUUACUUCCAAAACACUGGAGCGUAUGACCCUCUCAUGUCACUGCGGGGUGGAGAAAACCUCGAACUGUCUUUCAAGGCCUGGCUCUGUGGCGGCUCUGUUGAAAUCCUUCCCUGCUCUCGGGUGGGGCACGUCUACCACAAUCAGGGUGCCCACAGCCCCCCUGACCAGGAGGCCACCCUGAGGAACAAAGUUCGCAUUGCUGAGACCUGGCUGGGCUCGUUCAAAGACACUUUCUACAGGCACAGCCCAGAGGCCUUCUCUCUGAGCAAGGCUGAGAAGCCAGACUGCGUGGAACGCUUGCAGUUGCAAAGGAGACUGGGUUGUCGGACAUUCCACUGGUUUCUGGCCAACAUCUACCCUGAGCUGUACCCAUCUGAACGCAGGCCCAGAUUCUCUGGAAAGCUCCACAACACUGGACUUGGCUUCUGUGCAGACUGCCAGGCAGACGGGGAUAUCCUGGGCUGUCCCAUGACACUGGCUCCUUGCAGUGACAGCCGGCAGCAACAGCACCUGGAGCACACCAGCAGGAAGGAGAUCCACUUUGGUGGCCCACGGCACCUGUGUUUUGAUGUCAGGCGCGAGCAGGUGAUUCUUCAGAACUGCACCGAGGAAGGUUCCACCAUCCACCAGCAGCACUGGGACUUCCAAGAGAAUGGAAUGAUUGUCCACGUUCUUUCUGGGAAAUGCAUGGAAGCUGUGGUGCAGGAAAACAAUAAAGAUUUGUACUUGUGUCAGUGUGAUGGAAAAGCCAGCCAGCUGUGGCGAUUUGACCAGGUCAACACUGUGGAUGAACGAUGAAUGCCAGUGUCAGAAGGAAAAGAGAAUUUUGACCAUCACAGUUCAGCCCCAAAGGAACUAAAAGAGCAUGCAUAUUUCAUGAAGCAGACUCUUCUGUGUUUGUGCUCCUGGUGAUAGGAGAGAGGAAAGCUCCACGAGAAAAUACAGAAAGUUUUUCCUUUUCACACCUUAUUUCAUUGAUUGCUGGCUGUUUU